AUGCCGUUCCACACUAUAAAACUCAACGAUGGUACCGAGAUCCCAGAGAUCUUUUUCGGCACUUGGAAAGUACCCAAACAGGUCUGUACUUCUGAAGUCGACCAAGCCGUCGAUAUCGGUUUCGAUGGUAUCGACACGGCUCAAGUAUAUGGAAACGAAGAAGAAGUCGGAAACGCCAUAAAACAACUCGGUUUACCUCGAAAGGAUCUUUACAUCACCACAAAAUGGUCCGGCGUCGAUGGGAAAGGAGCAAAACAAUCCUGUGAGGAAAGUCUGGAAAAGAUGGGAAUAUCUUAUAUCGACCUAUAUCUGAUCCAUCAUCCACGACUCAGUGGAAAUGAUAUUCCAGGGAGUUGGAAAGAGAUGGAAGCUUUGCAGAAAGAAGGUAAAGUCAAAUCGAUCGGUGUUUCCAACUUCAACAUCGUUCAAUUAGGCGAAAUACUUGCUACUUGCACUAUCAAGCCAGUCGUCAAUCAAAUCCUCCUUCACCCGUAUGUCAUCGCUACUACCACCCCUUUGUUGGAAUACAUGAAGACGCAAAAUAUCGUACCUGAAGGCUACUCCACACUCAUUCCACUCACAUCACGUCCUGGGGGUCCAGUGGACGAACCGGUCAAUGCAAUCGCCAAAAGACUCGGUGCCAAGCCUGAACAAAUUCUUCUAGCUUGGUCAAAAGCAAAAGGUGCUAUCAUCGUCACUACCUCAUCAAAGAAACAGCGUUUAGAAGGAUACUUGGACGUGGGUGACAUCGACCUCACUGACGAAGAUGUGGCUGCCAUCGACAAAGCUGGCACCGAGGCACGGUUAGGACAAUUCCCGGUCAGUUACUACUGA